AAGAACCUAGGUCACAAACCUGACGAAGACUGUCAGAGUAGAAAGGUAUAAAGACCAAAUGUAAGCAUAUACAUCUUCCAAGAACUAGAGCAAAGACCUUCCAUGAGGACUCUUCCUCUUGAUCUACCUGCUUUCCAGAAUCCUUUCUUUCCCAAACCCCUCAUAAAUGAACGAUAACAAUAAUAAUAAUCAGAGGAGAGAGUGUUUCCCUAUCAAUCUGCACGUUACAUUAAAUUACUUUUCCCAAAAUCUGGAAGUAUUUCCUGAAAACUGGCAAAGGUAUUAAUUUUUUUUCUCUCUCUCCCUCUCUUUAAAUCACAAAGCAAAAUUCCACUGUCCCUCUACCCCCCCCCCCCUCCUAAAAAAAAAAAAAGUUGUCGAGUUUUGCUUUUCUAUUCACUGCAGUUCUGGCCAAAGUAAAGCCCUCUUUCUCAAUGACGUCAAGAUCUUUACCAAGAUUAGGCUUUCAUUUCUCUAUUGCAGCAAUUAGCCAGGGAAUGUAUAAAAGGCUUCAGGGAGACUCACUGGGCUGCAGAGAGAGAGAGAGAGAGGCACUUUGCACCACAGACAGAUAGCACGAAGGAAAAGGCAGAGCGAGUGAGGAAGAGAAGAGUCAGUCGCUCCUGGGGAAGGGAGAGAGAGACAGGCUGGGAGAAGGAGAACAGAAAGUGUGUGUCAAACGGAGUAAAGAAGGGGAAAAACUACCCUUCAAGCACAUUUUUGAAACUCUGGCAACUCCAGAAAGAAACGGGCUACGUUUCUGAACAUUAGAGACAAUGAAAAGCUAAAGAAAAUUUUGCAAUCUCUGCCACAGUCUCAUAGGUGCUUAGAAAUGAAAGUAGAGCUGCCUGUCUGUCACCGACUCUGAGAGGGGUGACUGGAUUAGGGACCGGGACGCCAGUUUGUGUGUGGGUUGUUUUUUGUUUUUUGUGGGGUUUUUUUUUUUUUGUUUUUGUUUUUUUAACAUCUUAAAUCCUGAAAAAAAAAAAAAGGCAGCAGCUCCGAAUUGAAUGAAUUGAUGGGCACACUCCAACUGCUGGGCUGCAGAGACUGGACUUGGUCUUGCCAUUUCUGCUUCUUUGAAAGAGGAGACAACUUGGGCUUCCUUUUAAUUUAGUUUUUCUCCUUCUCCCCCCACCCCGGCCUUCCCCUUUAUCUCCCCCACCCCCUCUAUCACCACCCCCCUUUUAAAUAAGAGGGUGAAGGGGAACCAGAGCGCACAAGGGAACUGACUGGGAGGCAGAGAAGAUGGGCAUCCUCAGCGUAGACUUGCUGAUCACACUGCAAAUUCUGCCAGUUUUUUUCUCCAACUGCCUCUUCCUGGCACUCUAUGACUCGGUCAUUCUCCUCAAGCACGUGGUGCUGCUGCUGAGCCGCUCCAAGUCCACUCGCGGGGAGUGGAGGCGCAUGCUGACCUCAGAGGGAAUGCGCUGCAUCUGGAAGAGCUUCCUCCUCGAUGCCUACAAGCAGGUGAAAUUGGGUGAAGAUGCCCCCAAUUCCAGUGUGGUACAUGUCUCUAAUUCUGAAGGAGGUGACAACAGUAGAAAUGGUGCCCAGGUGAAGAUAGUUGAUGGAGGCGAGUGCCACCUUCUUGACUUUGCCAGCCCUGAGCGUCCACUGGUGGUCAAUUUUGGCUCAGCCACUUGACCUCCUUUUACUAGCCAGCUGCCAGCCUUCAGCAAACUGGUGGAAGAGUUCUCAUCAGUGGCUGACUUCCUGUUGGUCUACAUUGAUGAGGCUCAUCCUUCAGAUGGUUGGGCAGUGCCUGGUGAUUCUUCUUUGUCUUUUGAAGUGAAGAAGCACCGGAACCAAGAAGACCGAUGUGCAGCAGCCCACCAGCUUCUGGAGCAUUUCUCCUUGCCGCCCCAGUGCCGAGUUGUGGCUGACCGCAUGGACAAUAAUGCCAAUGUAGCUUAUGGUGUAGCCUUUGAACGUGUGUGUAUUGUGCAGAGACAGAAAAUUGCUUAUCUAGGAGGAAAGGGGCCCUUCUACUACAACCUUCAAGAAGUCCGGCGUUGGCUGGAGAAGAAUUUCAGCAAAAUGAAAUCUAGAUUAGCUGGUUGAAGGUAUGAUUGUAAAAGAGUUUUUUUUUUUUUAAUUAUGUAAAGGAAAGGAAACUAAGAACUGAAUCCACUAUUUCAACUGAGUCUCAUUGUCUCCCUGAAAGACAGGAAUUUACGUGUCAGAAGAACAUAAGCUUCUAACAUCUCCAUACUUCUUUUACCACUCAAAUGGCAUUUGGCUAAAUAGUAGCCCCAUCACAUCUCUUCCUAGUGAAAAGCCCUGAGUAAAAAGAUCCCAAGAUGUAGAGGAAGAAACCCUGUUUCAACAUGUGUUCAUCUGCCUUGGGAAAGAAGUAAUACAGCUGAUGGAAGCUUUGGGACCUGAAGAACAGACUUACCUGAAUAACUACUACGUUAGGGAACUAUUAUCCUUGUUAGUAUAAGGGGUAUUGCCUAGGCUUUAUUCAGUAUGGAUAGAGCCCAACUGGAAAAUUCCCAAAUAUUUACUUAUGAUGAAUCCUUGAGUCCAGUCCUUGUGCUUGGGACUUCGUGUUUAACAAUGUUCAAGUAGUUUUUGCUGUUUUAGUUUCUAGCCAUCUGGUGCUCUCUGCCAGUCUAAAUAUCCCAGAACUCACAGAUGUAUUGGUAGAUAUCAAGAAUGAUCCCUGGAGGGUUAGAUUAUCUGAAAUCUGAGGGUUACUUUUUAGGCAGGUGGGAAAGUACUAGAAGAAAAUCAAAUUGACCAGCUAGGAAAGGAUGCAGAAAGAUGAGGAGGCUUCACAGAGUUUCACUUUGAAGCUGUGGAGAGUGGGACUAAUUGGUUAGCCACCGAAACAUUGAAACAUAAAACAUACACGGGCCAGAAAAAGAAGCAGCUCAACUAUAAUUAGCAUUGAGAAUAUACAUAUGAAAUCAAUAUAUUUAUCAUAUACUCCUGAACUAAGGGAGAAAGGGGGAUUGAAAGAGGGGGAAAAAAAAACCACACUUCAUUAUUUGUAAUUAUGAGAAUUUUUUGCUAGAAAUCAUUACUUUUUGAAACAUGUUUGUGGUAUGUAUAUUUUCAGUUGAUUAAUUAUGCCCUGUGAUACUGAUUAAAUGUAAAACCAAUAGAUCCAGUGGUACUGGUCUGUCCCUCUCCAUUCCUACAAUUAUGAUGUGGCCCCACUCGUUCUUAGUCUUAGCCUCCAUAAUGGUGUUCUCUGAAUGCUGAGCUGGACUCGGCUCUUUCUUUAUUUAUAUAUAAAUAAAAUAUAUUCUUAGCUGCUGUGGGAGGUAGGUGCCCUGGCCAUUCCGCUGUGACACUGUUCUCCCAAAGUAGGUGAACUCUAAUGAAUAAUAGGUGCGAACAAACAAGAUUUCUUCAGCUGCAAAAUAGAGGAAGGCAAAGUUAGUUUGAGAAAAUUCUCAUUAGUAAUUUUGGAGGCUUUGAUAUAAGGCAACCCUCAGUGGCAUGGAAUUUGGUGAAAUGGAAUUUCCAUUUCCAUUUGAAUUUGGACUGGGGUCUUCCUUUGUUCCAAUUAGCUGAGGUCUGGUAAUCUAAGGCCUCAAUUGUACAUUAUUAUAAUGAUAUGUGUGUGUAUACACACACACACACACACACACAUAUACACACACGUGUGUGUGUAUAUAUAUAUACAUAUAUACAUAUAUAUAUAUAUAUAUACACACACACACACACCAUAUUUCUCUUUAAAGAUACUAUAGUUUUACCUGUAAUGUAAGUAAUAGCUAAAUAUCAUAACCCCCAAAGAAUAGACCAACUAAUUUUAUAUCAUAAAUUUUUACUGUAAAUUUGAGGAUGCUGUCAAAUCACAGUAUAUGGUUGUAUUGAAUGUACAAUCAAAGGUUCUUAUGACCAUUCCAUUAAUAAUUGAAUCAUAAAAUAAAAGUAAUAGAAAAAAAUCUCAAGUUGAAAAUAUCUUCUGAAACUAGUUGCCUCUGAAAUGAGAAAAAGGUGGGAACUGAGUGUGUAAGAACCAAAAGUACAUUAAAAACAAAAAAAGCUGGAGCGAUAUAUCAGUCCUAUCACUAGUUUAUUGUUUAGAUACUAAUACAUUAUUUUAACUGAUGAUUGUGUUUUACAGCAACAUUUAAGCUUUCCAGUGUCUUAAAGUCUAUAAAACACACCCACAAAGAAACAAAGCAAAUUUUGAAAAUGUGGCAUCAUCUAAUAGAUUUCUGGAAAAUCACAUGGAGAAUAGAUUAUUUCAGACUUCUCAAUUGUUAAACUCUACACUCCAGAAUGCUCAGUGGGCCCCAUUGUAUUUUAUCUUUAAAACGGUGUUAAGAUUAUGUGGUCCCCUAGAAAAGUAAAGUGAAAACUUGGUUGCAGCACACUCACUCUGUUGUCCUUAAACUUCCCCUUUGUUCUACAUGUACAAUAAUGGAACAGGAUGUUAGAGAAGCUGGUGGGGGGAUGAGAUUUGGCUAAGGCAGUGCUAGUUGUCUGGGUAAAAGGAUGAUGGAAAAAGCACCCAGUCGUGAUAUAUUUUUAAGGAAAGAGAAGGUUGUGUGUGUGCAAUUCCUCUCCACGAGGAUACUCCAAUGGAGAAAUGAAGCAGUGGAAGUAAAUACACAAAGGCAUAGGCUGAAUAUCAGGGAAAAAGAUAUGUUCAAUAGAACAUAGAAGACUUUCUGGAAGAAAGGCAGUUAGGGGCCAAUGAAGAAAGUGAAUUGACAAAGCUCAGGAAUCCUACAGUAUGUAGAAUGGCUUGGUGUUACCAGAGUUAUGUAACCUAUUUAUCUCAACAUGAUUUUUUAUGAUUUCCUAUGAUGUAUCUUUAGGAACAUAACAAGAACUCAUUAUUUGAGGUAGAGGAGAAUCAGUGCUUAGCUGGUAUGCUCAGAGAAAGUAUUAGAUUGUCAAUACCCACCCCACCUAUCUUCUCUUUUACAAAGUAUGUUCCUUUGAACAAUUGUUAUUCAUAUAUAUAUAUAUAUAUAUAUAUAUACAUAUGUAUAUAUAUAUAUAUAUAUAUACAUAUAUAUAUAUAUAUAUAUAUACAUAUGUAUAUAUAUAUAUAUAUAUAUAUAUAUAUAUAUAUACACACACACACACAAACAAACUUUGAGUUCUUCUUAGUACCUAAACAUUCCCCACCCCCCCAUAGGCUAUGUUUACAUGGAGCUAUCAGUUUAGCCUUUUAAACUGAAUUAGCAUAUCUAUUGAAAUAGUUUCCAAGCAAUUUUAGAUAUUAUCAUAGCAUCUGGAUUUACUCAAACAUUUAGUGUUUGAAAGACUUAUGUCUUGGAACUAUUCAAACUUACUUUAUUUUAUUGCUUAGAGAAAAUAGUAGAAUCAACAUGACUUUCUUGAAUGGGCAUGAAUGAGAUGCCUGCACAAUGAUGUUGAAAUGUUUGAUAUAGAUAUUAAAAUGCAACUGACCUCUUUAGAGGCAGACUAGUAACUGCUCUUUGUAUAGCUAAAGUGAAGCCAUUUAACUUAUAUGACUUUUUAUAUUCAUGUUUUGGAUCUUUGGUACUAUGUCUUCACCUUGUUUAUAGAAUUUACCCUUGAUUUUUGGUAAUAUCAAGUUCUAAAUGGUCUAUUUAUUUAAAUUUUCUUGCCGUUAAGCAGAAAAUGCCUAUUCUAUAACCAAGGAAAGAAGAAAAUCCUGCUGUCUUUGAUUUUGCCUGGAGUGUAUUUCACUAUUUGGGCUCUUGAAUAAAAAAAAAAUAUGAAAUAUGUUAAUAUGUUGAGGUCAUGUGUGGGUACUGCCUUGCUGCAUAAAAUACCAGAGGGGCAUAUUAAAGACAAUAUCUAUGCCUUGGGAGAAUUUCCAGCUGGACACAGGUGUUCUUAGCAUAUCCUGUGGGUUAUGUCCACAGCAAAAGGAAUGCACUGAUGUACAGGACUUCCCAUUCUGUAAAUCUGACUGAUGGUUUGGAAAAUAAGCUUAAUUAGAAUCAUAUGGCCCCUGCAAAGGGGGAAAUGUAGAUACCAAUUACUGUCCCAUUGAAGGGUUCAUGAAAACCUCUCCAGCAUUUAGAGCUUUUCAGAACAUGUCCAAUGUCAUGUCUCUCAGCAGUGGAGAAUUCUAAUUCCAGGAACUUAAAACGAUAUUGCCAAAAAUCAGAUCAAAAAAAAAUUUUAGUUAUAUUCCAACUUUCUCCCUACUUUCUCCUUUAUCUUAAAAAUAGAAUCCAAACUUAGUCUUCAUAUGUACAUCCAGAAUGGGGUAUAAUUAUCAAUUUCUGCCUUGGUGAUUUGCAAUCUCUUCGCAGUAUCUUGAGGUCCUCUGUGAAAGAAGGUAGUAGGGCCUGGGAAAGCCAGGAAGUUGCUAACCUGGAAGAACGAGGUCCUGUGAAUUUGGUCUAUUGAUUUGGGAAGGUUUGAAAAGAUAAUUCUCACCAUUGGAAGAGGGCUGCUAGGUGUCAGUGAAUGACUUUAGGAAGAGCCAAACAUUGGGCCACUUCUUAAUGCCUUAUGUUCUGGAUAGCACCAGAAGCAAGGUCUCCGACUUAAGAGACCCAGCUCUGUUCUAAGAUGAGUCUGAUACAAUAGAAAGCAAACAUGUACAGAUAUCCAAAAAAAACCUGCUCAUGCAAGUCAGGGCUUGCUGCCCAUCUCAGGCAGCAGUACCAGAGCUCUAGGGAGUUUAUUUACUAUUUACUGGGGAGGUCUCAAGGACCAAGGAGAUGUUAAAUGUAGUCACUAUUUGGGCUCCCCCCCUCCCCCAAAAGCAAACAGGUAAACACAUAAAUGAAAGAAGCCCACAGAAGGGGGUGGGAAAUAAAUUAAAAAAUUUCUCAAGCCUUCUCCAGACUAUGUCACUGGCCCAUGUACUUUUUAUGUGUGUUAGGAUGAGAGAGUGUGAAGACAUAAGUAUCCAGUACUUUAUAACCAAAGCAAUUAAAAGAAAUUGGGUAGGGAAUGUUGGCCAGUUUCAUUUUCUUUUGCAUCACAUUAUCACCAGACUAUAUCACUAGCCCAAGCAGUCGGGCACCUGGAGAGGGAGAUUGGGAUGUGCAGAGGUGACCAGUGUGCAAAUGAUAACUACUGAUGAAAGAGUCACUGACUCAGUUAGUGGUUGGAUGUAGUCACAUUAGUUUUCCUCUGCCCAUCUUUGUCUCCCUAGCAAGGAGAAUAUUUGGGGCAUGAUGCUAUGGGCACUGGGUAAAUGUGGUAAGAAUGCAUGUGUGUAUUUCUCUGCUUCUCAGUUGCAGAAACAGAAACGCUUUGGAGAUUAUCAGUAGAAAGAGUGUUAUUAUAUUGGUGCUGAGUGGUACGUGUGCUUUUAAAAUUUGUUCUUGUAUUUUAAUAAAUUUUGAAUAAAAGAAUAAAGUUA